AUGCUUCUGACCAUAUCCCCUGUCUUGACGCCUCCCUCCCUCAUCACCGCACAAAUACUGUACGCCAAUGCAAACGCUCUCUUCCUUCUCCCGCUCGUGUGUCAGAGUGUGGAGAGUACGUUCAACCUGUCCCGCUCCGAGGAGUCCUCUCACCAUAGGCCACCCGCCCAAUUUCCGGGGGAACGUCGUUCCGUAUUUCCCACGUGUUCGUCCCCUCCCCUUUCCCCCAACUCCUCCCUUCCCUUCCGACCCCAGUACAUCUCUUCUUCCCGACACCAUGAUUACGUUGCGGAGCUGGUGGAGGCGGUGCUGCGCUGCUGCCUGCAGUCGCCCGGCUGCUCGCCGCGCCAAUACGCCCACACGCUUCUCGUGUGCUCCCAGUUUUGUGACAUCGGCAUGUCUCCCGCAAUAUUGCGCGUUCUGCCUCCCUCCGUGCUGCUACCACGCAUUGAGCGCUGGAGCGACUCCAACCUGCACUUUCUGAGAAGCUGUGCUGCUGCUGGGAACAGCGAGGCCUUGUUCAUUCUCGGCAUGGUGGGUUCCACUCCCUGUCCCCUUCCCUCUUCGUCUCUUUAUCCGUUCCGUUCUUCUCUCUAUCCGUCCCUCCCUCUAUCUUCCUUAACCCCCUCCUCCUUUUCCCCCUCUCCCAUCCACCCCCUUUCCUCCCUUUCACCACUCCUUUCAACCGGCGUUUUCUUGCUCUCUUCGUCCCUGAUCUCUCUAUCCCUUUGCUUUCUCUCUCACUACUCACGUUAUAACUUCCCCUUUCUGUCUUCUUGUGUAACUAUGCACUUGCACUUGUGUUGA